CUUUGGCAAAUCAUUCGCAUAAAUUCUCAGAGGUUCAUGUCCUGUUGAGUAUACAAACUGUCACACGCGCAUGAGUCAAUUGACGGUGCGUCAGGAUUUGCUCCCAACCUGCGCCGGAGAAGGCUGGUUGGUCACGAGCGCAUGAGUGGCAAGGAGGAAUAGCAGAUUGUGGCGCGCUCAAGCCGCUUUGCAUUUCAUGCCAUUGCCUCAAAGGUCUAAGGCAUGGCCGCACUGUCACUUGGCACCACGGGACCUUCCAAAGGUUCCGAGGAAUCUGUCAUCCGACCUGUCGCAUGCCAUAGGUGUCGACAGCGACGAUCGUAUUGCUCCAAGGAUCGUCCUAAAUGCGCCAGAUGCCAGGCAGCCGGAUUUGAAUGUGUUUACGAAGAGGCCAGGAAGAUCACGAUCAAUGAAGCGUUUGUGGUUGUCCCUUUUGCCUCCAGAUGUCCCCUGUUUGAGCACCAUCUUACGCCACCCAGAUACCUGAGAGAGCUUGAAGCCAAGGUGUCACGGCUAGAAGCCGCACAUGGGAUUGCCCAAAGCGAACCCAGCUCUUCAAAGCCCCCAGAAAAUUAUCGAAACAAUGAUGAUCAUAUCAUUCUCCCAGAAGCUUUCUCAGAGCUCAGCUUAGAUAUUUCUGAGAAUUCCCCCAGUUUCAAAGGCCCGGCGCAUUCCGAUCACUUGCUCAGAGGUCUAAGAAAGGCCUCACUCCAGUUUGACGAUGGUAGCCUCGACCGUGACGCCGACUUUUACGACCGGGCAGCACUACCUUCCAAACGUCUCUGUAAUGCAAGCCACAUUCGUUUGCCCCCAAUCGAGAUCGCACGGCAGCUAUUCGCGGCCCAGCACACAUAUAUCGGUACUAUCUUCUCAUUCGUGUCUCCAAAUGCGUUCGAUCUACUCCUCCAGGAGGCAUAUGAAAACUCACUCGAUCUCGCUGAUCAAGAAGCUUGUCUCAAAUAUGCAAAACUGCUGGUCAUCCUGGCGUUUGGUAAAAUGUACUCGGUCAACCAGUGGAUUGAUUAUGACGGGCCUCCGGGGUUUGACUAUUUCACACACGUCCUACAACUUCUUCCAGACCUACACGAACAAGGGAGCGUACUAUUUGUCGAGACCCUCGCCUUGGUGGGCUUUUUCAUGCAAAACCUGAACCGUCGGGACGCGUCCUCAUUAUACAUCGGGUCAGCUCUCCGCAUGGCUAUCACCCUUGGUCUUCACCAAGAACCAACCCUUGCAAACAUUGACUCGGAGACCAAAGAGCACAGGCGCCGUGUAUGGUGGAGCGUUUAUAGCCUUGGUCGCAUUCACUGCGCGAAAUCUGGGAACCCUAUCACCAUUCAAGACGAAGACAUCGGCGUCGAGCUUCCCUCGAGACUACCAUCUGAGCCCGAAUCCUGUGCUGCGAUUGUCCUGAGGCACUACACAAAGCUGUCCCAGAUUAACGGCCAGAUUAUGACCAAAGUCUAUCGCCACAGGCCAAAGUCGGGCUCCAGCUUAAUGGCGGCUGUGCAGAGCAUUAUACUGGCUCUGUCUCAGUGGCAACAAGAGCUACCUGACACGCUUCGUUUCGAACCGAACAAACUCAACACUAGCAGGGAGUCUGUAUCAACGCUGCUCUACUACUCUCAGUGUAUCCACUUGACAGCGCGGCCGCUGCUCUUUCACGUCGUGCAGGCGCGCCUCAAGGAGGGUAUUACAGAAAAAGAGAGUGAUUGGCGACAGGGCUUGACCCAGACUACCGUCAACGUGAUUGAAAUGUGCCUCCAUGCAGCGAAGGAGACAAUCAACAUGAUGACGGUUGCAGCGCAGAAGAACCUGGUGGCUACUUAUGGAUACAUGGACUCAGAAUACGCAUUUUCAGCUGCCAUAGUGCUGGUUAUGGUCUGCGUGGCCUUCCCAGAAGACACCCAGAACACCGAGUCUAUGAAUGCCGCCCUUGACCUCUUGCGCGGGAUUUCACGCCGAGGAAAUAGCCAUCUCGCAGCUCGGUACCGCCUGCUGGCUCACCUUCGAGCACAAUUCGUGCCCUCUGCUCAGCACACGUCAGCCAAUGAGCCGAGAGCAGCAUCCCAAUAUGACAUUGGUGGUCUCGAUUUGCCCUCUUCAGCCGAGUUCUCGCCAAGCACCAAUCCAUUACUGCAAGAUAUGGGAGCAGAGACAAUGGGAGAAUGUAUAGAAGGAGCGAUAUCUUCCCAAUCCACCUCUUUGGCUCCUAUGUCCACUUGUCCAAGUUAUUCCCAGCCGCCCCAAGAAACAUUCGAUUUCAACAUACUCAACAACCCCAGUCUGGCCGAUGGGAUUUUCUACGAUGUCGACAUGACGGGACCUCAUGGUGAAAACAAUGAGGAAUUCUGGGAGGAAGCCUUUGCUAAUCUCGCCGGGGAUUCUGGUGAUGCCAUGUUGGAAAGCCUGGAGUGGGGCCGGGCGACGUUGGACGAUUAUGGUGGUGAUAUAGAUGGAGGAGCAAAGUAGAAGAAUAUUCCUCUUCAUGACAUCGUCGCCGAAAGUCCACAGCGCUUUGAAAUGUUACCCGAGUGAAGAACAUGGCAUUUAAAGAGUAUGACUACCUAGGUACUAUUUGAUACUUAAGUUAUCG